UUUGGUCCUGCUCCCUCAAAGCUCUAGGAUCAACGGGAAUGGUCUGGGAUCUGAUGACCGGGAGAUGCUCCGUUUCAGCUUGAAGUUCCGCUAUUAUUUUCUAUAAACUUAAACUGCACACUCUCGCUAGGGCUACAUUUCUCCAACUCCAUAGCUUCUCCUUCUCCUCCUCACUUGAGCUGCGCAUCAUGGCCUUGACUCCUCUCUACCCUAAUCUUCCAUUAAUGGACUACACCACAGCUGCACCUUUACAUCAGUACCUUAAUCAUCCUCCUCCUCCUCCUCCUUGUAACUUUUUUUAUUUUGUUCCUCAUCAGAGCAAUAACUACUACAGUUUCAACCCCAACCGUUUACCCUAUUAUUAUAACUGUAACGGUAGCAGCUAUAAUUGCUUUCCUUUGCCUUCAUUUAGUACUCUACCACAUACUCCAGCUCAGAAGUUCUCUGCUUAUUAUAUGCCACACCUAGCUCUUCCUAAUUCCAGCAGCAGCAUUUUUAACAGAGUGCAAGAUCGAGAAACUAUAGGCAGCGAAACCCAAAUCAGCAAUAUCAAACUGGAGGAGGAGAAAGAAGAAGAAGAAGAAGAAGAAGGAGCUCCGUUUAAGACGACGACGACGACCUUGAUGAUAAGAAACAUCCCCAACAAGUUCGACCAGAAAAGGCUCCUGAAGUUACUAGAUGAGCACUGUUGCAUUGUGAACAAGAGGCUUCAAGUUGAAGGCUGCACCAAGCCUGAAUUCUCUGAGUAUGAUUUCCUGUAUCUGCCCAUGGAUUUCAGAACCGGAUGCAACCGGGGUUAUGCGUUCGUAAACUUCACCUCCCCUGUCGCAGCUAAGAGACUUCAUCGUGAUCUGCACGAUAGGAGCUGGUCAGACGUCGUUUCUCACAAAAUCUGUGAAGUCACUGAAGCCAGGAUUCAGGGGCUGCCUGCACUUUUGAGAAGAUUCGCCACUUCAGUCUUCAUGUGUGAAAAAGCGGAUUACAGGCCUCUGCACUUCAGGCCAAGUCGCGACGGCUUGCGCUGGACUAAGCGACGAUACCUUGGCACGCACAUCCAAUCCAGAUUUCUCUCGCCAAGGAUUAGGAAGCAGUACUAAACGCUAAGGAUAUGAAGUAUCAAUGAAAUCAGUAGUUCCCUCUGUCUCACUCUCUAUCUACCUAUGUUGGGUCUGAAAAUGGGUGGAUAGAGAGCGAGAAAGAGAGAAUUGGAAAGUUGUGCUUUACUUUAAUUACGUGCUACCCUUUUUAAUUAACUGUUUCUUGCUUUAGUUUCUAAUUAUGAUCAUAUGAUACUUUUAGUUAGUUACUUGAAUUCCGGCUCCUCUUACAAUUUCUAUCAGGA